GGCAAGUCAGGCUGAGGCGUGGCCUUCGAGUCACUUCACCUCCAUCUACCUGAACACGGAGAGAGUGGCACCACUGAGAGAGACUCUUCUAAUGACAUGAACGGGACUCAGGACACUGUACAAGGCCUGAUGUGGGUGUGAUGGUGUGCUUUUUGCCGUAAGAAGUUUUCAAAAUGGCAGGUGAUACCAGCACACUGUCUUGGAAGGUGGCAAGUCCAGGCUUUGAUGGGCCAAAAACCCCUGUGUUUGCACUUGCUGGAGAGGGAGGUCCUGUGAAAAUACUUAAAGUAUGCUUCAGCAGCAGCAACAACCAGAAAAACUUCAAACUUGUCAAGUGUGAUAGCUCCUGGCAGAUAAGGGCCAUCAUUAAGUCCAUCCUGAUCAGUGGGCGUUUGGGCCCUAAUGUGCAGAAUGCAGGUUGCUUUGGCCUGAGACUCAAACACCUGAAGUCUGAGGAGCAUCACUGGCUGCAUCCUGAUUUGACUGUAGGUGAGGUGGAGCAGCGCUAUGAAAAACUCCAUGUGGAGGCAGAGUGGAGAUAUGACCUGAGGAUUCGCUACAUACCAGCUAAUUUCUUGGAAAAGUUUAAAGAUGACAGAACUUCGUUGUUAUAUCUCUAUCAUCAGGUUCGCAGUGACUACAUGCAGCAGUAUUCUAGUAGAGUCAGUGAUGGCAUGGCAUUGCAGUUGGGUUGUCUGGAGAUCAGGAGGUUUUACAAAGACAUGAAUGCCAAAGGCCUUGAGAAGAAGUCCAAUUUUGAAUUGUUAGAGAAAGAAGUUGGACUAGACCUUUUUUUUCCACAGAAACUGAUCGACAGUAUGAAGCCGAAGCAGCUCAGGAAGAUGAUCCAGCAGACGUUUCAGCAAUAUGGCACACUCAAAGAGGAAGAGUGCAUGGUCAAGUUCUUUAAGACCUUUGGUGAAUUCAUUAACUUUAAUGAAGAGGUUUUCCCGUGUGAACUAGUGCAAAGCUGGAGUCUAACAGUGGAUUUAGUUAUUGGAGCAAGAGGUAUUCGCCAACGAGCACAAGCAGAUUUAUCGACAGUAUGUCUAGCAGAAUUUAAACAGAUCCGUAGUAUUAAGUGCACUGCACAAAGUGACGGCAAAACUCUGUUAGACAUUGACAUCAAGGGAGCCAAACAGGCUCUCUCAGUCAAUGUGCCUACAUUAGCGAUGGCAGAGAACAUGGCUGACCUGAUUGAUGGCUACUGCAGGCUUGAGAACAACACAGACUCAUCAUUGAUAUCUCGGCCUAAUAAAAGUACAGAGGUACAGCUCCGUAACUCUCUUCCUGCAAUCCCCUCAGAUAAAGUGUUACCUGAGCACUUGAAAGAGACUGAAUGGCACAGUAGGAAUUCUGAUAUAUACUGUGAAAUUUUGGACGAAAAACCUCCACCUCCUGUAGUGAAAUAUGGAAUCUCUAGGAAGUCCAUUGUCUUGGGAUCUAUUUUGGGCGCAGGUUUUUUUGGAGAGGUCUAUGAAGGAGUUUACAAAAAAGAGAACGGUGAGAAGAUCAAAGUGGCUGUAAAGACCUGCAAAGAGUGUGCACCUGAUAUCAUGGAUAAAUUCAUGAGUGAAGCAGCUAUUAUGAAAACGCUGGACCACCCUCAUAUAGUGAGUCUGAUAGGUAUCAUAGAGGAAGAACCUGUAUGGAUCGUCAUGGAGCUCUACCAGUAUGGUGAGCUUGGGGACUACUUGACCAAAAACCAGAACACUUUGACCAAUGUCACACUAGUCCUGUUUAGCCUGCAGGUUUGCAAAGCUCUGGUGUACUUACAGGGAAAGAACAUGGUACACAGAGACAUCGCCGUGAGAAAUGUGCUUGUCGCCACACCAGAUUGUGUGAAGCUUGGUGACUUUGGCCUGUCCAGAUACAUAGAGAAUGAGGAAUAUUACAAAGCCUCUGUUACCCGAUUGCCAAUCAAAUGGAUGGCCCCUGAGUCCAUAAACUUUCGUCGGUUCACCACAGCCAGUGAUGUGUGGAUGUUUGCUGUCUGCAUGUGGGAGAUACUGAGUCGGGGGCAGCAGCCUUUCUUCUGGCUGGAGAACCGUGAAGUGAUUAACCAGCUGGAGAUGGGCAUCAGGCUGCCUAAGCCAGAGCUGUGCCCUCCUGCCCUGUACUCACUCAUGACCCGCUGCUGGAGCUACGACCCCAACGAGAGGCCCAGCUUCACUGAACUUGUCUGCAAAAUCAAUGAUGUGCACAAAAUGGAGAAGGACCUGGAAGCAGAGAAGGAGAGAGACAGACAGAGAGCCACCAGGUUUCUAGAGACCAAGUUCAACAUUAGUGAACCGCCUCCAAAGCUAUCUAUUUCUGUGUGCAUGCAGCCCUCAAGACUGAACCCUGGUCGUUUUGGGAAUACCCUUGGCAUCGGUCUGCACAUUCAGCUAAAUGAGGCAUUGUGUGCCAGUUCUCCAGAUCUGGUUAGUCCAUGUGACUAUCAGUCUCCUGUAGACUCCACCAACAACCUCAUGGUUCCCAGCAUGCCUGCCCGGCGCCUCAGUCUGGGAGAGGGGGAGUUCAGUGUAGGGCCAUCCAGCAAGGAGGAUGCGCAGCGCCUGUGGCAGUUAGAAAAGGAGCGGCUGCAGGAUACCAUAAAGAAACAGAAGGAUGAGAUGGUGGAGGACAAACAGUGGCUUGAGAAAGAGGAGAAGCUUCUGGACCCCAAAAUAAAUGAGAGCACAGUUGUUGAGGUGGAAACAGACCCUCAGCCUAAUAAUGAUGAACUUCAAAACCCUCCUGAAAAGCCCCCAAGAAUUUCCCUGCAGCCUGCCCCUACAGCAGAACUAGAUCGCUCUGAGGACAAGGUGUACCAGUGUGUCAUGGAUCUGGUUAAAGUGGUAGUGCAGCUGAAAAAUGAUGUGAAUACACUACCAUCCACUGAGUACAUAUCCUUAGUCAAGUCUGUUGGAAUGACUUUGAGGGAUUUAAUUUCCAGUGUUGAUGACGUUCUUCCAUCUUUACAAGGAGCUAUAAGGACGGAGAUUGAGGGCACACAGAAGCUGCUGAAUAAGGACAUGGCGGAGCUGAUCAAUAAGAUGCGGCUGGCCCAACAAAACGCCAUCACCUCUCUGAAGGAAGAAUGCAAGAAGCAGAUGCUGGCAGCAGCUCACACGCUGGCCAUGGAUGCCAAGAACUUGCUGGAUGCAGUGGACCAGGCGCGGGUACGCGCCAACCUGGCCAAGCCCAAAACUGAGGAUGCAGUCUUCUCAGACACAGACUAGAGAGAGAGAGAGAGAGAGAGAGAGAGAGAGGAAGAGCUUGAUUCAAUUUGUACUUACAAAAAAACUGAUAUACUAUUUUCUGUGGUGUCAAAAAAGGUACUGUACUUGUACAUGUUUAAUCUCAAAGGUACAAACAAUGUCAAUGUACCCUAACAGGUACAACAGAGUCUUUAAGUCUGACAGACAGUCUUUAAGUUCUGAUUAUGUACCUUGAAUGGAUUUUAAAGGUACAUUACGUUCUCUAGGUACAGAAUACAUAUGCUUGUGAUUAUAAAGUUUAGUACUCCUUUUCAGCUAUAGUUUCCUGAAUACAGAUUGCGCCUGAAAUAACUGACUGAUUAUAGGUCAUCCUAUCACUUUAAAUCAAUUCUAAUUUUAGUCAGGAAACUAUUGCACCAAUGUCUAGCUCCAAGAAAUAUAAUCUUUGUAAUAGGUGAGUUAGGUGGCACAUUUUAGAGUGGGAACUAAAUUUUCUUGGAGAAAUUUCAGACUAGAUUUUAUAUAUCCUGGAGAUCAACCUUGUUUCUCUACAGUGAAGUAAUAUAUUCGUUCCAUCUUCCUGUAUUGAGCUGCCAGGUGCUGAUACAAUCAAAUAUGUACCUUUAAAUGCAGUCUUAGUGUGUUGCUGUAUAAUUUGAUGAUUAGCACUACUACUAUUGGUGUAAAACAUUUAAAGACAUACAAUGGUCAUGACAUUUCUUCACUGUUUGCAGAAAUAUGUACCCAAAUAAUGUAUAUACAGCAAAAGAAAGUUUCUACAUUCAUAUUCUUUCUCAACUCUGUAUGGUUCAAGGAUAUGUGACAGACAUAUAUUUAGAAGCAAGAAUUCAAAUUGUAUCAGGUUUCAUAAGUGAUAUCUCAGUGUUGUAUUCUCGAGUCUAUGUACAUUUUCGCAACAAACUGUGAGCUAAUAAAAAUGCCACUGAAAUAUAUGGUCUCAAAAUGAA